AUGGCCAAGUCUUUGAAGGAGCUGGGUGAAAUAAUUCAGCGUUCGGAAGCAAAUGCUCGCACUGAUAUGCAAGACUUGAAAGGAGAGAUGAGAAGAAUGACUGCUACAGUAGAAAAAGUUAUGAAAAUAGCAGAGUAUGCAAAAGAGUUAGCUGAUGCAAACGUAAACAAAAUAGAAUCUCUGACAAAAAGGAUUUCACAAAUGAACGAUAGACAGCGCAGAAGGAAUUUAAAAUUCCCUGGUAUUUCUGAAGAUAUUGAGAAUAAGGACCUGGAAAAGGAGAUGUUAGAAUGGCUAAAAGAACAAGGAAUUGAAAUUGAACAGAAUGAAAUUGAGAGAGUGCACUGGGUGUUCACGUCACGAGGAGCCUCUGGACUUCCCAGGGUCGUAAUUAUGGCAUUCACAAGAGAGAAGGUAAGAGAUCAAAUUUAUAAAUCACUCCGGCAGAAAGCAGACCUGCAGUUUAAACAGUGA